GCGCGUUCAGGAUCAGGAGUAUCGUCCCACUCGAAUGUCAUGACCCGGACCGACGGCGUCUGCCACACACGAUCGCUCGUGCGGACUUCCGCGCAGCCGUAUGGCAGGUUGUGCACCUCCUCGAGGGCCGACAGGUGGACAGGCGACGGAGAGGGCGGCAGGGGGUCGGACGAGAUGUCGUUGGCCUCAUCAUACAGCUCUCCGUCGCUGUCCUCCUCGAAGCUGAGCACCUUGAUGGAUGACGCCGCGGACGGCAGGUCCUGCCCUCUGGCUGCGGCCGCUGCCUCCCCCCCGCCCUGCCUCUCCUCCCUCCUCUCCCUCAUGGCCUUCCUGGCCGCUGCAUUGCCCUCGAGGAUCGCCACCCAAAUCCCACGACACCAGCAGCUGGCAUACCGAGGGUAUAUGACGUGCAGGUGUGUGAGGUUGGUCGCACGGCGGCCCCACCGGUGUGCCACCUCCAGCGGCAUCCGCUCCCACUGCUGGCGCACGCCGCCCUUGUCCGAGCCGUCGAUGGUCAGGUGGGUGUAUCGCUUGGCUGCCCAGCCGAAGACCGUCCUGCCGAUCGUGGUGGCGACGCGCGUCAGCUCUGAGGGCUGGUAGAAGCCGAACACACGCCAGCUCAUCGGGGGAGAGGCGAAAGGACGGCUGCACAAAAGACACAUUCACACACAGAGAUCGCCAGGGUCACGUGUGGGCGGUCUUUGUUGUCUUGCUCUCACCGGUCCAUUGUUCGGCGGCGGGUUCCCCGACGUGUGGACCAGGCAAAACGAUGGCGUCGGGGCGGCCUCCUCAUCUACCAUAACACUACUCUGCACCAGUCAUCAACACAACAACAGGACAGAAAUGCACAUAUGCCACCCUGCACCCAUCCCUCUUGAGUCCUUCAUACCUCAGCACCGGGGUUUUCAUGGGACACUUCGAUGGCCACAGCAGCAGCAGCAGCAGCAGCAGCAGCAGAGGACGCACCAGUGUUUUCCGCUGGCUGGGGGAGGGCCAUGGCCGCCAUUGCGGUGAGGCAGUCCAUCAUCGCUCCAAUGGAGGACUCGGCUGCCGACGCGUGAGCCGACGCAGACGAAAGCAACGCCUUGGCCACCCCGCCGCCAUCUCGCUGGCACGCCUCACGGCUCCGCUGUGCGUCCCUCUGCAGCCUCUGGAGCCCCUCGCGCAACAAACUAGCGUCGGUACACAACUGCACCAAACGAAAACACACACAGUACGGCAGCAAACUCGUCGUCACUUGCCGGUUGUCUUCCGACCCGUCCGCUCCCCUACAGCUCCCACUCACCUUGCUAAUCACGGUGUCAGGUGCUGUGGUGUGGCCCGACAGAUCCUCCUCCUCCUCCGAGCCAUCCAUCAU